AUGGUAACCACUCAUAUAAUCACGUCAAGACAGCCAGUUAGUAGCCAUGGAAAACGCACGUCUCCCCAAGAGGAAACGGAGCUGGUCCCUGGUCCAGUUAUAUACACCAGUGUUCCCCUGGCUGUACCACCGCCGCUACCCGAGACCCAACCCGCUGUCUCGCCCGACCAAAACACACCAUCUUUGACUGAUGACUCUACUGCUACGAGCAGCUCUCCCCCAACCCCAACUAGAAGUCAAGAAAUUCUUUUGGGGAUGGAUAGCCACAGAAAUAUCCUUGAUCUUUACUUCACGGAGUACGAGCCAGUCUGGGCUGCAGGUGUAGAAUUCCCGGGGGUCAUCCCCGAAGAAAUUGCAGAAUUUCUCUACGAAGGAAUAGAGCAGGUGACCUUGUUCAUUGGUCCAGUUUCAAGCCUCCUUUGUCUUGCGGGGGUAGAGGAGCUCAUAGAGCUCAUUGAAGACCCCGCAUAUACUCUCACAGAUGAGUACCGCUCCAUCCCGCAGGGAGCUCCGCGUCGCUGGAUUGUCCAGAUGCUGUACGAAGAAGGAAUGAUCCCGACAACCAUCAUGGCAAAGGUCUGUGGAGAGAAUGUCGAAAAACAGACUUCAACGGUUACUCGGGCCAGCCUCAUACCCCCCAAUGUCACAUCUACUUCUGCUCGAAAGAGUGUUCCAGAUGUCUUUCCUUUUGCGCUCCAACAAUCCUUUCUGCCAACCGUUUCUUGUGUCGAGGCGGGACUAAAAAAAAAGAACACAAACAGAAAUUGUGUUGAUUUGAUGAAUAAUUUCAUCAAUUCGCUUGGCGGCAAUCUUCUUUUCAAGGGUUUAUCCCGCCGGGCAGUGGCUAACCUAGUCGCAUUCUUUACACCCCUCGUCUCUUCAAACACCUUUGACCACGAGUUUGGACCUGCUACACUACCCUCUUACUCAAAUAUGACAAAGGUCCUCUGGGUGCUGAUUCUGACGCAAUCCUGGUCUCUCUCGGGUCGUUGGGGGUUCACCAGGGAGGAGCUAUCGCCGCCCUCCGCCGCGACGGCGGCCAGGUCUUGGUUGCUGUCGCCGGAGGGUUGGUCUCAAUUUGUGUCCGCAGCGCCUUCACCUCAUCGUGUAGCUUCUCGUUCUGCUCCUGGAGGACAUUCUGGUUGUGCUUGA